AUGACUGUACCUCUCGCAUUCAGCUUCGAUAACACUGCUGAUUAUUUCAUCUUCGCGUUUCACUUCCUGCUGGCCACCUCCACUGUUACUGUCGCCGGGUCGGUGGUCUUCGCGAUUCUUCGCACCAAGUCUCUGCGUAAUGAAAACCGAUAUAUCUUCAUGUUGAGCACCAGCAUUAGUGACACUCUGUCCGGUAUGGGCUGGUACUAUAUCGGGCUUUUCGACGUCAAAGACACGUACCCACAAAAGAACGGAACUUACUUUGUUAUAUCCGUCUUACUGGGAGUGAACUUCAUCACGAUUCUAACUGCACAGAUAGAUCGCUAUGUCGCAGUGUCACGACCCUUCUUCUACGCCAGACGGAUCACACAAAGAGUCGUUAUUGGACUUUGUACGUUUAUAUGGAUGUACACUUAUUUAACAGUGGUGCUUAUGAAUCUGGUGCCUUUGCAGGUGGCUUUAAUUUACAAUGCAAUAAACACUUUCGGGGUUCAGGUAGUUGCAGUAAUUCUGAUGCUAUUGCUAAACAUUAAACUGUACGUGAUAGCCCGUUAUCAGCUGGCGAGAGAGCCACCGAGUCAGGGGACUGACAGUAAGCGGUCCUCUUUACGACUCAUUAUUGCCGUGACCAUGUGUUUCUUAAUAUUCUGGACUCCGGAAUUCAUCAAUGUUAUACUCUGUGGCUUGACGUCUUAUGGGUACACGUUUAAAAACGACGCACACGAUCCUUUCGCUGCAAUAGUCCGAAUCAACCCUCUUUGUACACCCACGUUAUACAUAAUAGGAAGCCUGGCUCUGCGGGAGGCCAUUGCCAAAGCGCUGCGCUGGAAUGACUGCUGCAGGACUAGAAGGUAAAACGCAACUAAAUUAUAAAUAGUUAAACCUGUCUGCUUCACAACCCACACAUGAAUUGGUACAUCAGCAAUUGAAAUGGACGCAAUUGUAAUCAUAUACUCUCGUGUGCACACAAAUUUUACAACUGAUAGUUAAGUUAUUAUCCGUAUUUUUCCUGUUUAAUCAUAAAUCCAUUGAUCACCAGCACAAACAUUUUACCAGACAUUCUUCAAAUUAAAAUAAUCAAUCACUGCCUAUACUGCGCGGUUGGACUGAAAACUCAUUUUGCAAUAUUUUGGAGACUGGGAAGAUGUCUUUAACUGAUAUUCGUGUUACACGA